AUGGAGGAAAUCAAGGAAAUGAAAAGUCAAUUUUCAAAACUGACUGGAUCCUUGGCUAUUUCUGAAAGAGGCAAACUUCCUUCUCAACCUCAAUUCAAUACACAAGGGCAACAUAUGGCUCAAACCUCCAACUCUAACUAUCAAAACGUUAAGGAGGCUAAUGCCAUCACAACUAGAAGUGGUAAAGCUUUGGAAGAUCCACCAAUACCAAAUACUACUUUAAAAUCUCCAAAUGUUGUCUCUGAAAUGCCAUCAUAUGCUAAAAUCAUGAAGGAUCUUUGCACUGUAAAAAGAAAGCAUCAUGUCAAGAAGACUGCUUUCCUAACAGAGCAAGUGAGUGCGCCUGCUUCUGUAGUCUUACAGCUAGCUGAUCGUUCUAUUAAGAAGCCUCAAGGUAUUGUUGAGGAUGUUCUUGUUCAAGUUGACAAAUUCUAUUACCCCGUUGACUUCCUCAUUCUCGAUACUCAAUAUGUGGUUAACAUGGAGUCAAAAAUCCCAAUCAUACUUGGAAGACCUUUCCUUGCUAUAGUCAAUGCCCUUAUUAAUUGUAGGAAUGGUCUCAUGAAAAUAUCUUUUGGGAAUAUGACUCUCGAGGUCAAUAUUUUUCAUGUCGCAAAGCAACCACAUGAUGAUGAUGAGUGUUAUCAGACAUUUCUGAUUAACACACUCAUUCCUGAGGAGAUUCAAUUGCAAAGCAAUUCUAAUGAUCUUGAUGAACUCCUCUCUGUUAGUGAAAGUUCUGGUUUUGAUGAGUCAAUUAAUGAAAUUUCUUGUUACAAAGACUCACAAAACGAAAGAACAAAGUUUUGGCAACCUCACUUUGAAGAGCUACCUAGUGAAAGGGAAAAGCCAAAACCUUCUGCUGAAGAAGUUCCCCUUGUAAUGUUAGCCCAACUACCUGAGGGUUCAAAACAUGUCUUCCUGGGAGAUGGCGAUACCUAUCAUGUUAUCAUUUCAUCCAAACUUGAUCCUUCACAAGAAAUUAAGCUAAUUAAGCUACUGCAAAAGCUUAAAUCUGCAUUAGGUUGGACGAUCACUGAUAUUAAAGAUGCUGACAUCAUUUAUCCAGUGGCUGAUAGCAAAUGGGUUAGUCCAACUCAGGUAGUACCCAAGAAAUCGGGUGUAACUGUUGUUGAAAAUGAGAAAAGGGCCCUUGUCCCCACAAGAAUUGUGACGAGUUGGCAAAUGUGCAUUGACUAUCGAAAGUUGAAUUCUGCCACCCGCAAAGAUCAUUUCCCACUUCCAUUCAUUGACUAG